AUGGAUGGAAAUUAUAAAGAUGAGGAUGCGAAAAUAGGGAAUUUAGAAAAUUAUGGUGGAAAUAAUUUUUUAUUAAAUAAAAUGAAUAAUAUGGAUAGUAAAACUAGAACAGUUAAUAAUGAAAUGAAAAAUAAGGAUGAAGGAAAAUUAUGUUAUGAAAGUUCUAAUUUUUCUAAUAUAAUGUAUAAUAAUUAUAGAAAUAUAAACAAUGAUUUAAUAAAAAGUUCUGAUAAAUUUAAUAAGUAUGUUAAUUUAAAUUAUAAUAAUAUAUUUCAUAAUAAAAGUGCUGACAACCAUAGUAUUAAUCAAAAUUAUCAAGUGAAUAUUAAUAAUAUCAAUAUAAAUAAAAAUAUGAAUAAUAUUUAUAAUAAUGAAUAUAUAUAUAAUAAAAAGGGUGUUAUGAAAAAUGAUAUUAUAUGUAAUAAUAAUCGGGUAAAUAAUUGUUAUGCUGGAUUAUAUCCUAUUGUGAAUAAUUAUAAAGAAGGGGAACGUAUUGUGAAUUAUUCAAAUGUACCAGAAUAUUCUGAACAAUAUAAAGUGAAUAAUAAUUUUAGUAUUGAUUCUACUUCAUUUUCUGAAAAUAAUAAUUCUUUUAAAUGUUCUAGUAAUAGUAAAAAUAAGAAUUCAAAUACCAACUUUUUAAAUUCAGAGGAAAAUAAAACUAACCAAAAUAAUGCUAAUAAUACAAUGAGUAAUGUAUUUAAUGUGAAACCACAUGGUAAUUUAAAAGAUAAAGUUGAUAUACAUAAUGAAAAUUAUAAUAAUGAAGAAAAUACAUCGAGUAAUUCUACUGUUCCAACUAGCGAGAAUUCAUCUAAUAUUUUUACUACUGAUCAUCAUGUUAAUAACAAUGAGAUGAAUAUUAAUGAUGGUGAUCUUCUUCUUAGAAAUGUGAGUAAUGAAAAUACGAAUGACGUAGUAAAAAAAGGAAAGAAAAAAGAGAUUAAGAAUGAUAAUACAAAUAUCAACAGAGAAUGUAAUGAUAAGGAUAUUAAUAAUGUGAUGAAUAGUAAUGAAAUUAAUCAGGAUAUUACUUUAGAAACAAGUAGCAAUGAGAAAGGAAACAAUAGUGCUAAGAAAAAUAAGAAAAAGAAUAAAAAGAAAAAAAAUAUUAAUAAAAAAGAUAACAAUGAUAAUAAUGAUAAUGAUGAUAAUAUUAAUAAUAUUGAUAAUAUUGAUAAUAAUAGUAAUAAGAAUAAUAUUAUUAAUAAUAAAUGCAAGGAAAAGCAAAAUAAUAUGACGAAGAAUCCCAAUUCUGUAAAUAAUGCAUGCACAAAUUUUUGUAGUAGUAAUAUAUACGAUGUUAAUAAUGUAGGACAAAAUAAUUUAAUAAAUGAAAAAUAUGGUACAGAUAACAAACUUUUUAAUAGUACUUUUUUAAAUCAUGCUCACAGUAAAAAUAGUUAUAAUAAUAAGGACACGUUUAAUAUGAAUGAAAGAAAUAAUGUUUUAAAUUCUAAGAAAGAAAAUAAUAUUGGAAAGGUAACUAAUCGUAAUAAUGAAUAUAUAAAUAAAAAUCCUAAGAAUUGUUCGUUAUAUAAAAAUCAGGAAAUAAAUUAUAAUGAUAAUAAUAUAAAAGAUUAUGUAAACACAUUGGAUUAUAAAAAGAAUGAUUUUAAUAUAUCAUCAUAUAUGAACAAUAUUAAUAUUAGUAAUAAUAGUAUUAAUGAAAUGAAAAAAGGUUGUUCAAUUAUUGAUAAUAAUAACAUAGGUAGAAAUAAUAUUGUAAGAAAUGAAAACGAAGAUAACUAUAAAAAUUCUAAGAAUAUAAAUGUAUUACCAAAUAAUUUUCAUGAUCAUCAUAAAAUUUUAAUGAAAGACGAAAAAAAUAUAUCUGACAAUGUAAAUAGAAAUAAUUGUGAUUAUGAUAUUCAAUCCAACAUUUUAAUGGACACAAAUAUGCUUAAUAUACAAAAAACGUUAGAUUUUACUAUUCCAAAAAAUUUGAGUGACAACAUAAAAUCAUGCCCAAGUAAUAUUUCUAAUAUGAAGAAUGAUUGGUUUAAUAGUAAUAAUAAAUCCGAAGAAAUGAAUUCAAAUGAUUAUACUUUUAAUAAUAAUUAUAAGGGUAAUUUGAAUUUAUCUCGUACUCACGAAAAAGGAAAUGCUCAUGAUAUGAAGAAUAUUAAUAUACCAUUAGAAAUAUAUAAUAUGAAAAAUAAUAUUAAUACGAAACAAAAUAAUAUUGAAAUAACUAAUGAUUAUAAUUAUUAUGUGAAUAACAAUAUGAAGAGAAAUGUAAGUAAUAAAAAUACACACAUAAAAAAUAGUGGUUUGGAAAAUAUUAUGCCACAUGUAUCUUAUAAAAAUAAUGAUAAUCAUUAUCUUCAAAUGAAUAAUCAAGGAAAUAAUUUUAUAACUUCUACUAAUAAUAAAUCAUAUAACAAUUUUGUUUCCAAUAAUAAUAAUUCUAUGGUAUAUCAUCCUGUUGAUUUAAAUUUUUUAAAUAAUAGUAAUUCUUUGAAAAAUAAUUUAAGUCAUUUUAUUAACAUGAAUGCAACUCGUAAUCCAACACAUAAGAAUAAUAAUGAGAAAGAAAAAAAUUAUUUAAUGAAAGAUAGUUAUAACCAUUUUCAGGGUACUAAUGAAAAUAAUAAUGAAGAACACAUGAGGAUAAAUAAAUGUAUGGAUAAAGAAAUUUUAUUUGCUGGUCAAAAUAUGAGAGAAAAAAAUACAAUGCUUGAAGAAAAUAGUAUGAUUAUAACUAACUCUGAUAAAAGAGGAUUAAAGAAAUAUAUGAAUCAUGUGAAUGAUUUAACUUGUAAUAAUCUUAUGGAUAAUAAUUAUAUUGCUGAAAAUAAUCAUAUGAAUUAUAAGGAUAAUUCCAAUGCCUAUAUUUCUUCAAAUAAAGAUAUGUUAUAUACAAAGGAGGAUGAAAUGUCAAAAAAUAUACUUUAUAAAAAAGAAAUAUAUGAUACUAUCCAAAAGGGUCAUUAUUUUAAUGAUAAAACAAAAGAAACUGAUCAGUUGAUAAAUUAUGGUGAUAAUAUAUAUACAAAUGAUGUUAAUAAUAAUGAUGGUGGAACAACGACUACUACAGAUAAUGCUAGCGAAAAGAAUGUUAUAAAUCAUAGUAAUAUAUAUGAAUCUAAUUUGAAUAUUGAAAAUAGUGUUAACACAAAGGGUAAUAGUAACACAAAGGGUAAUAGUAACAUAAAGAGUAAUAGUAAUACAAAAAGUAAUAGCAACACAAAAAGUAGUAGCAACACAAAAAGUAGUAGCAACACAAAAAGUAGUAGCAACACAAAAAAUAAUAACAACACAAAAAGUAAUAGCAACACAAAAAAUAAUAACAACACAAAGAGUAAUAGCAACACAAAAAUUGCUAAUAAUAAUAAUAAUAGUAAUAGUAAGAAUAAGAACAAAAAUAAGGAUAAACAUAACAAAAAUAAUAAUGAGGAAAAUAAAGCGAAUUCAAAACUCCCAAACAGUAAUAAUACAUUCACUGAAAACACUGAAGGAAGUAACAUCAAUGAUAAUAAUAAUAAUCUAAUAAACAAAAGCGAAAAAGGUUCAAACAAAAAAAAACAAAAUAAGAAUGAACAAGCCAAAUUGAACAACAAUAAUAAUAAAAAGAAUGUAAAAGAAGAAGAUAAGAUUACAAAUAAGUCUAAUAAUGUGAACCCUAUUAGUUGUGAUAUUAAUUGUAGAAAGAAUGAUGAAAAAUAUGUAAAUGGUUCUAAUGGUCUUGAGAAUUCAAAUGUAUUUGAAAAUUUCAAUGAAUUUGAUUAUAAUGAAAAUCUAAACAAAAUGGUUAAUAAUGUGGUUCAUGAAGAUUAUAACGUUAAUGAUUUUAAAGAUAAUGCUGUUGAAUUUAAAAGAGAUAUAUAUACACAAAAUUGUAAUACAGAACCAUUAAAUUUGUAUGAUAUAAAAUUUGGUAAUAAUAAUUAUGAAAAUGAAAUAUUAUCUAAUGAAGGAGCUUCCAAAAAUAAAAAAUUUAUAAAAUUUCCAUCGUGUAAUUUGUUUAACAAUAAAUUGAAUGAUUUUAUAAAUAAUUCAUUUGGUGAUAAUAAUAUAUUUCCAGUUAAGGAAUAUAACACAUUUGUUAAUUAUUCACAAGCGUUUAAUAAUAAGAAAAAUGAAAAUAAAUAUUUUGCAAAUUUUGAUAAUUCUAAUGAUUUCAAUGUUUCUUGGAAUGAUGAAUUAAAUAAAAAUGUGAAUAAGAAUAUAAAUACACAUAAAAAUAAAACGUUUGAUAACGAGCAAGUUUUCAAACCUACAAAGAAUAACAUAAAUAAUAUUAAUAUUAAUAAUAAUAUUAAUAAUAUAAAUAAUAACAAUAGUAAUAAUAAUGAUGAAAGAAAUACCACACAUAAUAAUAUUAACAUGAAUCUUAAUAAGAAUAUUAAAAAAUCACAUAGUUUUAAUAAUGACAAAAGAGAUGAGUUCUAUUUGCAGAUGGAAAAUAAUAUGUUAGAUGAAAAUGAAGAAGAUUUAAAUUUACUUAGUUCAGGGGAAAGAGAAAAUAGAAUGAAUAAUUUAAUUUUAAAUUAUAAUAUUAAGAAUAAUUUAAAAAAUGAUUAUAUUUUAGGAAGUCAAGAAUAUAUAAAUGAUUUGAAAAAUGAAUUUCCUACACAUUCGAAUAGUAGAUUUAGAAUUUUUAAGGCUAACGAUGAAAGUGUUCAAAAUGUACAAAAUGGACAAAAUGGACAAAAUGGACAAAAUGGACAAAAUGGACAAAAUGUACAAAAUGGACAAAAUGGACAAAAUGGACAAAAUGUACAUAAUUUACAAAAUGUACAUAAUUUACAAAAUCUACAUAAUUUACAAAAUCUACAAAAUGUUCAGUACCCAUCUGGAAAUACUGAUACUAUACAUAGUAUCAUGUAUAGUAAUGAAAAAGGAGUAUUUAAUGCUGAUGACGAAUAUAAUGUUUAUGAGAGCAUGGAAAAGAUUGAAUCAUAUAUUGGAAAUUUAAAAAGGCUUGAGAAUGAAAAAACUAUUUAUGGUAUGAAUAACACGAACAUGAAUACGAAUGAUGAUUUUAAGACUUAUGGCAUGGACAGUAGGAAUUUUAUGGAUAAUAAUAUGAAUGAUUUAAAUAAUUUGAUGAAGAAUGGUUUAGAACAUAAUAGAAUGACUGAACAAGAAAAUAUAUACAACAGUAAUAACAUUAAUGGUACUGAGAAUAAUAUGGAUAUGAUGUUAAAUAAUGAUAAUGAAGAUUUGGUAGGGUAUUCAAAUAGAUUUAGUGGUGAAAAUAAUACAAAUGAGAAAAUAACUGAAUUACAAAAUAUUAUUAAUAGCUUGAAAUUUAAAAAUAAACAAUUAGAAAAAGAAUUAAAUGAUGUAAAAAAUAUGCAUUUAAAAAAGAAACAAUCUAUGAUAUUAAAUAGUUUAGGUAGUAAAAAUGAAGAUAUAAAUACAUAUUCUUCUUGUAAAGAUGAUAUGAACAAUUCUGAUGGUGAUGAAGAAAGUGUUGAUAAUUCGAAUAAGUAUGUACAAAAUAUUUUAAAUGAUAAAGAAAAGUAUAAUUAUGAUACAAAAAUAUCUAUACAAAAGUUUCAUUUAGCAUAUACAAAUAAUUCAAUAGGAAAAUUAAAAAUAGCAGCACAAAGAGAUAUAAGUGGUUCCUUUAUGGGUCCAAAAGGAAUACAUGUAAAAACUAUAAAAUCAUCAUUACAUAUAUCAGUAUAUAAAAGUGCCAAAGAUGUAUGGUUUCCAGGUUUUGCUGAUAGUCAUGUAUUUUUAUUAAAAGGUAAUAUAUUUGGUAUCUUAAGAGCAUGCCAAUUAUUAUAUCAUUAUGUAAAAUCUAAAAUGUCAUCAUCAAAAUGCUGUAUAUAUUUAGUUGCUCCUUUUGAAUGUGUGCAAAAAUUAUUAGCUGAUGGAUGCAAAAGAAUGGCUAUUAUUAAAGAGGAAUGUGGAGCUGAUGUACGCUUAGGAAAUUUAUAUGUACAAGUACAUGAAGGAUUCACAGAAAGGUUAAUGGAAAUAAGAGGAAAUGAAGUUAGUGUUGAUUGUGCAUUAGAGAAAUUAGUUAUUUUUAUGCAAUCCUGUUUUUCCGUGCAAUCGUAUGAUUACGAAAUGUUAAAAUAUCCUUGCCGUUCCGUCUUGAACUUGCAGUGA